UACUAUUACUGAAGAGAGAGAGAGAGAGAGAGAGAGAGAGAGUUUUGAUGGACUGAUGAGCGGGCGUCAGCGGCGUCUCCCGAAAUAGAAGGAUACGUUGUUAUCGGCGAGGGAAUAGUUUAACCACGAGUUGGCAUUUAUGGUGUAUGGUCCUCCAACCUAGGAGGGGUUGGUAACUCUCUCUCUCUCUCUCUCUCUCUCUCUCUGUCUGUUCCUAGAAUGCGAUCGAAACGAUAACACAGAAAUAGAAACUCUCCCCAUCUACCAUACACACACCACAAUGCCUCAAUUCGCCAUCAUCAUCUCCAUCAAGCCAUGGGUCCGCCUUCGAGGUCCCAACGUCGCUCCUCCUCCUCCUCCUUAUUCGUCUCUCGCUUCGUCCCUCUCCUCGUUUUCCUCUUCCUUGCCGCCCUCCUCUUCUUUGAGGUGGAAAACAUUCUGUCCCAGACGAAAACUAUUGCAGGCCACAACUUAGAACCCACGCCAUGGCAUGUUUUCCCUCCCAGGAGCUUUAACGAAGAGAACCGAUACGCUCGGGCUUCCAAAAUCAUACAAUGCUCAUACCUCUCGUGUCGAGGUGGCACAAACGACGAUGAUGCGCCACCACGAAACCAAUCCCAAUUGAGCCAUCAAACCAGGAAUUGCCCUGAAUUGUUUAGAUGGAUACAUCGCGACCUGGAGCCGUGGGCUCAGUCCAGGAUAUCUUUCACCCAUGUAGUGGAAGCCAAGAAAUAUGCUGCAUUCCGCGUGGUGAUUGUUGAAGGGAAAUUGUAUGUGGAUUUUUACUAUGCUUGUGUGCAAAGUCGGGCAAUGUUCACUGUCUGGGGUAUUUUGCAGCUCCUUAGGAGGUACCCUGGGAGGGUUCCAGAUGUUGAUCUGAUGUUUGAUUGCAUGGACAAGCCCAGCAUUGAUAGGCAGGAGCAUCAGUUGAUGCCCUUGCCACUGUUUCGGUAUUGCACCACCCCAAAUCACUUGGACAUCCCGUUUCCUGAUUGGUCUUUCUGGGGUUGGCCUGAGGUAAAUAUAGGACCCUGGGAUGAAGAAUUCAGUAGCAUCAAAAAAGGUUCACGAGAUCGAAGUUGGCGAAGCAAGUGGCCUGUUGCAUAUUGGAAAGGAAAUCCUGAUGUUGGUGCUCCUAUUCGCACAGAGUUGCAAAAAUGCAAUCACUCUAGGUUGUGGAGAGCACAAAUUAUGCGUCAGGAUUGGGAGGCAGAAGUAAAAGAAGGGUUUGAGAAGUCCAAGUUGUCAAAACAGUGUGAUCAUCGGUAUAAGAUCUAUGCUGAAGGAUAUGCUUGGUCCGUGAGCUUGAAAUACAUUCUUUCAUGUGGUUCUCUCCCACUAAUAAUAUCUCCUGAAUAUGAGGAUUUCUUUAGUCGUGGUCUCUUUCCCAAGAAGAACUAUUGGCCUGUCGCUGCUAGUAAUUUAUGCAGCUCUAUAAAAUAUGCUGUUGAUUGGGGUAAUGAAAACUUACCUGAGGCUGAGGCAAUUGGAAGAGGAUCACAGGAUUACAUGGCAAACUUAAACAUGGAUCGGGUUUAUGAUUACAUGCUUCAUCUCAUAACAGAGUACUCGAAACUGCUGGACUUCAAACCAGUCCCACCUUCAUCUGCAAUGGAAGUGUGUGCUGAAUCCCUACUUUGCUAUGCUGAUCUAACGCAGAGGCAGUUUCUAGAGAGGUCGGCUUCUUCUCCUUCGGCUGCCCCUCCAUGUACUCUCCAACCCCCUGAUAGUUCUUUCAUCGCGAAUUGGUUAGAAGAAAAGAGUAAACUUAUUACGGAUGUGCAAAAUUUUGUAUAGAUGGAGAAGAAUUGUAGAAUAGAACUGAAAACAAGAAUGUGCCGAAUGGCCAUAUACAAUAAAGGAUUAUUGUACUUCCUCAAUUGUUUGUAAUUCAAUAGUGAAAUAAUUUUCAGUGGCUGUUAUAUUUCAGCA